AUGGAAUCAAUCCUAGACUUUUCGCAAGAUCUGGACAUUAAUGCGCUGGAUCAAGUGGUAGAUACGUUUUACAAAGGAUCUGGCGCUCAGCAAAAACAAGCACAGGAGGUCUUGACGAAGUUCAAAGAGCAUCCUGACUCAUGGCAAAGAGCCGACCACAUAUUGCAAUUUUCGCAGAAUCCACAAACCAAGUUCAUAGGGCUCUCUAUUCUGGACAAACUGAUCACCACGAAGUGGAAAAUGCUACCUCCGGAACAUCGCGUUGGGAUCCGUAAUUUCAUUGUGGGAAUGAUAAUUUCGUUGUGCCAGGAUGACGCCGUGUUCCAGACUCAGAAAAACCUCAUCAACAAGUCAGAUCUAACCCUGGUACAAAUCCUGAAGCAGGAGUGGCCACAAAACUGGCCCGAUUUCAUUCCUGAGCUUGUCCAAAGCGCGCAGUCGUCUGUCAAUGUCUGUGAAAACAACAUGGUCAUUCUCAAGCUCCUUUCCGAAGAAGUUUUCGAUUUUUCCGCCGAGCAAAUGACCCAGGCUAAGGCUCUUCACCUCAAGACAUCCAUGUCUAAAGAGUUCGAACAAAUUUUCAAGCUCUGUUUCCAAGUCAUGGAUGCAGGGUCCACCACCUCCUUGGUGGUUGCUGCAUUGGAAUCUUUGCUAAGAUACUUACAUUGGAUUCCUUACCACUACAUUUACAACUCAAAUUUAUUGGAUAUGUUGAGCACAAAGUUUUUGAUGUCCUCAGAAACUAGAGCUGUCACUAUCAAGUGCUUGACAGAGAUUUCGAAUUUAGAGAUCCCGCAAAAUGAUACGAAGAUUGCAGAACAAACUGUUCUUUAUUUCCAAAACACUUUACAGCAAGUCGGAAAUAACGUCAUUCCUGUUACUGCUGACUUGAAAGCUACUUACGCCACCGCGAACGGCAGAGAUCAAUCUUUCUUGCAAGAUUUUGCUAUGCUUUUGACAACUUAUUUGGCGCGUCAUCGCGUCCUUCUGGAAAGCGACGAAAGGCUAAAGGAGCUACUACUGACGGCCCACCAGUACUUGAUCCAACUAUCCAAGAUUGACGAAAGAGAACUUUUCAAAACGACUCUUGAUUACUGGCAUCAUUUGGUUGCGAAUCUGUUCCAAGAAGUUCAAAAAUUGCCUGUUGCUGAGCUUAACCCGCUACUUCAGCUCUCGGUCGGUUCUCAAUCUAUCAAUUCCUCAGGCGGUGCGCCUAAUCCGGAGUUUCUGAAGAGAUUCCCGCUCAAGAAACACAUAUAUGACGGCGUGUGCUCUCAGCUUAGAUGGGUCGUGAUCGAAUCCAUGGUCAGACCAGAAGAAGUUUUGAUUGUUGAGAAUGACGAAGGUGAGAUUGUCAGAGAAUUCGUGAAAGAAUCAGACACAAUUCAACUUUACAAAUCAGAGAGAGAGGUCUUAGUCUACUUGACACACUUGGAUGUUGUUGACACUGAGGACAUCAUGAUAAAUAAGCUGGCCAGACAGAUUGACGGUUCGGAAUGGUCUUGGCACAACAUAAACACUCUAUGCUGGGCGAUUGGUUCAAUCUCUGGUACAAUGAGUGAAGAGACUGAAAAGAGGUUUGUUGUCACUGUCAUUAAGGACCUGCUAGCCUUGACCGAGAAGAAACGUGGCAAAGACAAUAAAGCGGUAGUGGCGUCAAAUAUCAUGUAUGUCGUUGGUCAAUACCCACGUUUUCUGAAAGCACACUGGAAAUUUCUGAAGACAGUCAUUAUUAAACUAUUCGAAUUUAUGCAUGAAACUCACGAAGGUGUUCAGGAUAUGGCUUGUGAUACAUUUAUCAAGAUAGUACGCAAGUGUAAGCACCACUUUGUUGUUCAGCAACCUAAUGAGCCGGAGCCAUUUAUCCAAACAAUUAUAAGGGAAAUUCAAAGCACUACUGCAGAUCUUCAACCUCAACAGGUGCAUACUUUUUACAAAGCCUGUGGUACCAUCAUAUCCGAUGAAAGAACUGUCGGGGAAAGGGAACGUCUGCUCAGUGAUUUAAUGCAGUUACCAAACAUGGCUUGGGAUGCUAUAGUUGCGCAAUCCUCUGCUAACCCUGAUUUAUUACUAGACCCUGAGACAGUCAAAAUUAUUGCAAACAUUCUAAAGACGAAUGUUGCAGUUUGCUCCACUAUGGGCGCUGAGUUUUACCCUCAGCUGGGACACAUUUACUACAAUAUGCUACAACUUUACAGAGCUGUGUCAUCUAUGAUUUCUGUUCAGGUUGCCAAGGACGGGCUUAUCGCAACCAAGACCCCCAAGGUGCGUGGUCUUAGAACUAUCAAGAAGGAGGUCCUGAAACUAGUUGAAUUUUACAUUUCCCAUGCUAAGAACCUCGACGAAGUGGUCAAGGUCCUCGUAGAGCCUUUGUUGAAUGCUGUACUCGAAGAUUACAUGAACAACGUUCCUGAUGCUAGAGAUGCAGAGGUGCUAAACUGUAUGACGACGGUUGUUCAUAAGGUUGGGCACAUGAUUCCAAGCGGUGUUAUCUUGAUUUUACAAAGUGUCUUCGAAUGCACUUUAGACAUGAUAAACAAGGACUUUACUGAAUAUCCGGAGCAUCGUGUUGAGUUUUACAGACUUCUCAAGGAAAUCAAUAGCAGAUCGUUCAACGCGCUGCUAGAAUUACCAUCAGCUGCGUUUAAGUUGUUUGUAGACGCAAUCUGCUGGGCUUUUAAGCACAAUAACAGAGAUGUUGAAGUCAACGGGUUACAACUUGCUCUUGAUUUGAUUAGAAAUAUCGAAGGAUUGGGUGCAACACCAUUCUCCAAUGCUUUCUAUGAAAAUUUCUAUUUCACUUUUAUCAGCGAGACCUUUUACGUUCUCACCGACUCUGACCAUAAAUCAGGCUUUUCGAAACAAUCACUUCUGCUAAUGAGACUAAUAUCCUUGGUCCAAGAAAACAAAAUUGCCGUGCCACUGUAUCAAUCUGGUGAUAUCCCAGAGGGUACAACCAAUCAACUGUACCUGGCCAACUACAUGGCUGGAAUGUUGAACAGUGCGUUUCCUCACUUGAGUCAAGAGCAGGUAACUGGUUUUAUCAGUGCAUUGAUCAAGCAGUAUCAGGACUCCACUAAAUUUGCUGCUACGCUAAGGGACUUUUUGGUUCAAAUUAAGGAGUUUGGCGGGGAUGCCACCGAUUAUCUGUUUGCAGAAGACAAGCAGAAAGCAUUAGAAGAGAAGACCAGAGUCGAGAAGGAGAGAGCAGCCACGAUCGGUGGUUUGUUAAAGCCUUCUGAGCUUGAAGAUUAA